AUUUGAAUAAUAAACGCGUAUAUUGUAUUUGAAUAACUUUCUGUGACUUCUGACGCGCAAAAAUGCAAAUUGCGUGGAUUCUCGCUUUUUUAGGACUCGUCGCAGCCGCUCGAGCGGUCGGCCUGUCGGCGGUAAAUGCUUUCGACCUCUUUUCAAUGACCGGCAUCUCGCAUAAGAGAUCCCAACCUGCAUACAGACGAGCUAUAACUACGGACGGAAGCAGUCCAGAUCAUUUCUUUCCCGCAUACAAAUUCAAGAGGCCUCUCGGACCACAUGCUCUGGUGGCAACCGACGACCAAUUCCGGCUUCUUUCAGCGUCUCUGGCUCGCAUUGACACUUUCUACUUCAGCGCUAAUAUGAAGCAGAGAAUGAACAACGUCGGCACCCUUAUUAGCAUCUCUCCAACAGUGAGCACGGCACAAGCGGUCAAUACCAUGGCGAUCGUUAGUGAUGCCCCACAAGACAGACUUGAUCUCUUUUACACCGUUGGCGAACAGAAUCAUGUUUUGACCUUCACAAAUGUGGGUAUCGCCAAUUCACUGAAAGAAUGGAAAAACAUGACCAUGGAGUUCAGCGGUUACGAUGUGACGCUGUACGUUAACUGCCGCAACGUUGGCACACGGCGUUUGGAGAGCGAGUUCUACAGGCGUCUGGAUGCUGGCAGCAGCCGAAUCAGUCUCGCAACUGCCUAUGAAAACAAGGACGAUUUUAAGGGAUCUCUUCAGAACGUUCGAUUUCGAUUUGGUUCGAGAGUUGAAGCCAACCCUAUGCUCUGCGACUCGCAAUCUACGCCAAGCAACAUUGAAAGCAACCGUUCAGAGUUUGACCCAGAGUUCGAUGUAGCGCCGUCCCGCAACGCGGGUCCUUCUCACCACGACAACGUUCUGCCUGGCAGUAAUACCAUGGCGCGCCAGUUUGUGCUGCAGGUCGUCCAAGAUUCUUGCGAGCUGACAUGCCGCCCGCCGCAAGGAGCGAAACGGCCGGACGACCUUGAGGUGUUCUUCUCUUGCAUGGAUGCCACAGGCAUGCACAAGAACGGAGAGAGAUGGAACGUUGACGACUGCGUGUCUUGCGUAUGCGAUGGUGGCCACCGGCUAUGUUCAAACCAAACCUGCCCUCUUCUACACUGCCUCAAUGUGACGAGAGUUCCCGGAGAAUGCUGCCCGAAAUGUCAAGCUGAAACUGAUGGGUUUUCUGCAUGGUCAAGCUGGUCGGAAUGUAGCGUUACUUGCGGAAUUGGAAGCCAGACAAGAGGCCGAUCUUGCGACAGAGCUAACUUUCCAUGCAAUGGACCAACGUUGGAAAACCGAAACUGCCUUAGAGACCCAUGUAAACGGCGCCGUGAUGGAGGUUGGUCGUUUUGGACCAGAUGGGCUCCAUGCAGUGUAACUUGCGGUAGAGGCAGAUCCACCAGAAUCCGUGAAUGUAAUGCACCAAUUCCAGAGUUGGACGGUGAAGAAUGUCUUGGACCUGACAGACAAACCAAAGACUGCAGAGAAGCGCCUUGUGCAGUUAAUGGCGGAUGGGGUACCUGGUCACCAUGGAAACGUUGUAGUGUUUCAUGCGGAACAGGGUUCCGCACGCGAAAGCGAAAGUGUAACAACCCGAAACCGAGGUACGGCGGAAAGGCGUGCCCGGGAGACAAGAAGGAAGUCGGCCAAUGCAACACACAGAAUUGCCCAGUUGACGGUUGUUUGGCGAGCCCUUGCUUCGGUGGUGUGAAAUGCACUUCGUAUGAUGAUGGUAGUUUCACUUGUGGUUCAUGCCCGGCUGGAACUCAAGGAGAUGGCAUAAACUGCCAGGACAUUGACGAGUGCACUCUGGUUGCCGACGCCUGCUUCCACUAUCAAGGCGUUCAUAGAUGCCAGAACCACUUCCCAGGCUAUUCAUGUCUUCCCUGCCCGUCCGGAUAUAGAGGCGACGUUCAGUCUGGAGUCGGCGUCAUUCACGCCCGUGCCCACAAACAAGAAUGCGUCAUGUCCAAUCCAUGCACAGACGGGGCGAACCCCUGCCCAGAAAACGCGGAAUGCAUAUUCCUCGGCAAGACCGUCAGCCCACCAUUCAUUUGCAAGUGUCGACCAGGCUACGCGUCAUGCUCACAUUGCGAUGGUUUGAUUUGUGCAGAUGAUACCGACUUAGAUGGCUGGGCAGACAACGAAAUCGUAUGCCCAGGCAGCAACACUUCAGUUACAUGCCACGAGGAUAACUGCCCUCGACUGCCGAAUAGCGGACAAGAAGAUUCGGACGAAGAUGGUGAAGGCGAUGCUUGCGACAGAGAUGACGACAAUGAUGGCAUAUAUGACGAACAGGAUAACUGUCAGUUCAUAUACAACCCGUACCAAUCUGAUGUCGACCGAGACGGUGUUGGAGACAUGUGCGAUAACUGCGUGCAUGAUAGGAAUGCAGACCAAAAGGAUACCGAUGGUAACGGCGAAGGAGACGCUUGCUCUCUUGAUAUUGACGGCGACUCCAUCGAGAACAUAUUCGACAACUGUGUUUACGUUUACAAUUUUGAUCAACUCGAUAGCGACAUGGAUGGAGUUGGUGAUGCAUGUGACAACUGUCCUCUGGUACACAACCCGGCACAGGAGGACCGAGAUUCCGACAAAGUUGGCGACAGUUGCGACUCAAACUUAGACGUCGACGAAGAUGGAAUACAAAACAAUUUAGACAACUGCCCAUACAUUGCAAAUGCCAACCAAGCAGAUCACGAUAACGACGGUUUGGGCGACGCGUGUGAUCCAGAUGACGACGACGAUGGUAUCCCAGAUGACCGAGAUAACUGCAGAUUGGUUGUCAACCCAAGCCAACUCGAUACUGACGGUAACGGCAGAGGCGACGCUUGUGAGGGCGACUUUGAUGGUGAUAAUAUCAUGGAUGCCGACGAUGCUUGUCCUUUGAAUAACAAGAUAAGUGUAACUGACUUCAGGAGCUUCGAUAUGAUUGCUCUUGACCCAGAAGGUAUUGCACAAAUUGAUCCUAACUGGGUUGUGAGGAACAAGGGUAAAGAGCUCAUUCAGACCAAAAACUGCGACCCUGGACUCGCCAUCGGAAUGGACCGGUUUGAGGCGGUUGAUUUUAGCGGAACUUUCUUUGUCAACACUGAAAAAGAUGACGAUUACGCGGGUUUUGUUUUCGGAUAUCAAUCUUCCAGUAAAUUCUACGUAGUCAUGUGGAAGCAAGUAUCUCAAACCUACUGGAAAAACUACCCAUCACGUGCCCACGGAUACAGUGCCAUACAAGUCAAGGUUGUUAACUCAACUUCAGGAACAGGCGAAGCUCUUAGAAACGCACUUUGGCACACCGGGGACACGAAAAACGAGGUACGAACUCUUUGGUACGAUGAUAUGCAGCAGGGCUGGAGGGAUUAUACCGCUUACAGAUGGACCUUACAACACAGACCAGAAACUGGUUUCAUCAGAGUGACAAUGUACGAGGGAAAAGAUCUUUUGGUUGACUCCGGCGCGUUAUACGAUAAAACAUUUGCCGGGGGAAGAAUUGGAUUCUUUAUUUUCUCGCAAGAGAUGGUGUUUUUCUCGGACAUGGAAUACAUGUGUAAAGACACGUAAACGGAAUGCGGUGUGGCGUUACAAAACUAGAUGAACUUUACAAAAGAUGGCACGUCAGCUUCGCAACAAAGACCAGUACUGCUUUUAACACUAUGGGAACGAAAACGGCGCCACGAAACCGAGCUUUUUGGCAUUUUUCUUACCUAUUUAUGUCUUUAUAUUUCUCUCGCCCAGAUAUUACCCUAUUUUAGAACUGCCACGAGAGGGCGGCAAGGAGCCUAGCAAUCAUUUUCAAUAUCGCCAAAGCUGCUCUGCUACUCGUUUUAAAGUGGUGGCUUGCCGUCGUCUACUACAUGAUUUCCACUGUAUAAUACAACGUAUAACGUAGACUUCCACAAAGUGUAGCGCUCACAUAACGACUUUGCAUACAAUGCACACACCAACCAUCAGCCGUAAACAUUUAGUGGAAAAUUUGCUGAAACUCCAAAUAGUAAACUCCCUUUUCUAUUAUGUGACCCCCAUAGUUGCUUAAACAUACAACGAUAGUGCCUUUUGGUAAUCCAGCGUUUUUACGAGCUUUACAAUUGCGCCAAAAUUAUUUACAACAGACAGCAGUACGCCACUUGGAAACUCAUUUUUAGUUAACAUUUUCAGCAUAUGUCAAUACCAAUUUUCAUUUUAUGUUUAAAUACUUUCUUCGUAAACUUUACUUCGUGUUUUAUUCUGUUCCCGUCUAUUUUCUAUACUUGGACACACAUGUAGUCUUGUACAUUUUUCUACAUACGAGUGUCACUUUAGAUUAGUGUCAUAUUUAUUUUCUCGAAUUUAAGUUGUCUCUUUGUACGUUUGUUCUUGACAGCUUUUAAGUUAUAGUUACCGUGCGCUAUAUAAUAAACCAACAAAACUGCGA